AUGUCAGAAGACCCUGUAGCAGAGAUCUACAGCUGGCAGCGACAGGGCUUCAGGUGCUUUGCGCUGGCCAUGGUGGGUGCCUUCCUGGUCAGCGGUGCUGCGUUCCUCAGCUUGAACGUUGUUGAUCCGGGGUUCCUGGACAAUCUCUUCCCGAGGAUCAGCGAUCUCGUUGCAAGGUUGGCCUAUGUCGUCAAGGGCAUGGACCUUGCGAUCGGUCAAGGUCAAACACAUUCCUGUGUGCUGUCAUCUAUCAAAGACAGUCAACCGACCAUGGGCUUCGAAACGUCGGCUGGCAUGGAAAGCUCGCCGGUGCCUGCAGAACCUGCAGCCUCAGAUGUGCCGAAGAUGACCACCCUGAAACAUAUCAAGCUGGAUGCCCGACAUAGGUGCCUGCGCUGGAAGAACACGAUCGCAUCAGUUUGCAUGUUUGGGGCGGUCAGCGGCAUCUUCGGAAUGUCUCCACUGUCGGACCUGAUGAACAACCAGGUGCCCGAGGGCUGGGAAUGGCUGGCACCGGGAGUCACUGUACCGGCGGUGACGCACUUGCUGGCACAGGCAGUUGUGCUGCCGGCGACGGGCGGUAUGGCCAAGAGACUUGAACCGUGGCAAACAUGGUUGGUGGUGACGCUGGGAAUGGUGAGCCCACUGUCGAUUGCCCUCAGCUCCCUGCAGGGUUUGUUCUGGCUUCAAUACGCUGGUGCAGCCGUGGCUUCCAUUGGUGUGGCUAUGUCUUUGGAGUACACGCAGGUCGUGGUGUUGCAGUGGUGGGCCCUUGAUGGCAGACAGAACGUAGGUGUGGCCUUCCAGGGCAUGAUGAUGGCCAGCUCGAUGGUGGUGAUCUCCGUGAUUUUGGGCAUCACGGGGAAUGCCUGGGGUCUCGCUGGAGCUGCGUAUUCUGAGGUGUGCCUGCUGGCCAUUAUCUAUCUGUUUCCACUGCUGCUGGUGGCGAGAGGUGAGUUGGGCCCGCCGCCAGCAAGUUUGCUCGUGGCUCCGACAUCUCACUUGAGGCAGUCUCCCGCGCCUUCCGUGGCCAGUCUGGUUCGAUCUGCUAGCUUCUGGCACGUUGUGCUGCACCAGUUUCUCGUGCCGUUUACUGGCUUUGGUAUGAAGCUUCUGUUGACCUCCGUUUUCCAAACCACCUACGGGACUUCCUUCCUGCAUUCGGCAUACCUGGCCAGUGUCAGCAUGGUGCUUUUCGUUGCGGCUCGCGGCGUAUUUCCUUUGAUCAGCCAAGCCAUACCGCUCUUCUUGGUCCUCAGCGUCCUGUUGUUGAUCAACUCGGUGCUUUACGCAUCCUAUCCUUCCAUCAUUGCACACCUACCCGUGUGGUGGCUGCUCAUUGCCAAAUCUCUUGCCGGCGCUGCUUUCGCAGGAAUGCUUUGUCUGAAUCCGCUCGUGUUGCUGCAAAUCUACAGUCCUGUUGAUCUCCCCGUCGUUUUUGCAGCAACGGGUCCCGCCCGUGGCUUGGGCUUCGCACUCGGUCCAGUUGUUGGGUACUAUCUCUUCUUGGCGUGUCAGGGAGGUGGUAUGGAUGACCAGACGUCAUACAACUUGUUCUUCUACAUCUCUGCGGCCUUAAGCCUGGCUGCGGCCAUGAACAUGCUGUGGCUCCAGAAAGUCAGCGCGCACAGCUGA